AUGCUCCUGUGGGCAAGCAGCGAAAUUUGUGGAAAGGAGACCGAAUGGUGGAGCAAUAAGGGAGGAAGCAAACAAAGCUAUAUAAAUACAUCCACCAGAAAGACAGGAAGUAAUAUAUAUCAAACCAGAAAGUUUAAGUGCAUGUGCCUGGAGGGAUCAGGAACGGGCCUGGUGCUGAGGGUAGCCGUGGAAGGGAAAUUGGGGGCUGAAGGGAGGGCAAGGUCCACCAAAGUUGGAGCGAAGAGCUCAACUCUGGAAAUGUCGGGUUGGAGACGCGAGAGCACAGCAUGGACUAAUGCAUCCUUGUCACCUGAUGAUACAGCAAAAGGCGCAGGGGAAGAUAUAGAUCGAUGUUUUAAAACCUGUGUCCUGUGUGCUGCCCGGUCCCAAGGCAGUAAGAACACCCUUCGCCAUUUUGACGUCUCUUCUUCUGCCCUCCCGGCCGCUUAUGCUCUAAUGGGAGGGAUGAAGGGUGAAAAGCCAUGGCGCCGCACUCUGGAAGAGGCGAAGUAG